AAUUUUGUACGCAUCGUAUUCGUGAGCCGUGUUUGAUGGGAGUUUCAUUUUUUGACACAAAAGUGGAGGAACUUGGUGGCAUUCUUUUCCCUCCACCAAAAAAUGGCACUCAAAAUCAUCCCAUCGAUACUUCUUCUUCCUCGCUCUCUUCACCACUUUCCUCCCCGCCAAAACCCUAAUCUCAAAUCACUUUCCCUCUUUCCAACCAUUUCUCACCCUCACCUCCCUCUCCAUUUCUCAAGUCUCUCAAUCUCCGCACUUCACCCAACUCGGUUCGUAACCGCCCGCGCGAUUCAACCUCGAGAACUCACCGGCGAUGAAGGCCGAAUCAGCGAACCUUCUGAAGAAGCUAAAAUUGAAAAUGAAGCGGCGACACAGGGUGUUGAAAAGGAACUAGCGAAUCAAGGUAUAUGGAUUCAAUUGAAGGAAAUUGUUAAAUUUACAGCACCUGCAACUGGACUUUGGAUAUGUGGACCGUUGAUGAGUUUAAUCGAUACUGCUGUUAUUGGUCAGGGAAGUUCAAUUGAGCUUGCUGCUUUAGGUCCUGCUACUGUUGUUUGUGAUUACAUGAGCUAUGUCUUCAUGUUUCUAUCAGUUGCUACUUCCAAUAUGGUUGCUACUGCCCUAGCUAAACAGGAUACAGAAGAAGUGCAGCAUCACAUAUCUGUCUUGCUUUUUGUUGGGUUGGCUUGUGGCUUCAUGAUGCUUUUGUUCACAUGGCUAUUUGGUGCUGCCACACUCACUGCUUUCACUGGGAUAAAGAAUGCACAUGUAGUACCUGCAGCUAACACUUACGUACAGAUUCGAGGAUUGGCGUGGCCUGCUUUACUUGUUGGAUGGGUCGCACAGAGUGCAAGUCUUGGUAUGAAAGAUUCCUGGGGACCCUUGAAAGCUUUAGCUGCUGCCAGUGUUAUAAAUGGUGUUGGUGAUAUAGUUUUGUGCACCUAUUUAGGCUAUGGAAUUGCAGGGGCUGCAUGGGCCACAAUGGCAUCGCAAGUUGUUGCUGCUUAUAUGAUGAUGCGAACUCUAAACAUGAAGGGAUACAAUGCCUUUGCCUUAUCUAUCCCUUCCGGGAGGGAAUUUAUAACGAUACUUGGGCUUGCUGCUCCUGUGUUUAUGACAAUGAUGUCAAAGGUGGCUUUCUACUCCUUGCUAAUAUAUUUUGCAACAUCAAUGGGUACACAUACAAUGGCUGCUCAUCAAGUCAUGGUCCAAACCUUUUGCAUGUGCACAGUAUGGGGUGAACCUCUCUCGCAAACUGCUCAAUCAUUUAUGCCUGAAUUGUUAUAUGGAGUUAAUCGGAAUUUGUCAAAGGCCCGGAUGCUUCUAAGAUCUCUUGCAGUAAUCGGAGCUACACUUGGAUUGUUAUUAGGAAUUGUUGGAACAUCAGUUCCUUUCUUAUUUCCCUACAUUUUUACAUCUGAUCAGAUGGUCAUAAGGGAGAUGCACAAGGUGCUGGUUCCAUACUUUGUAGCACUGGCUGUGACACCCCCUACUCACAGCCUUGAGGGAACGUUGAUGGCUGGAAGGGAUCUAAGAUUCAUAAGUCUGUCAAUGAUUGGAUGCUUAUGCGGGGGUGCGCUUGUAUUAUCGAUCUUGUGUAGCAGAUACGGGUUGCAAGGCUGUUGGUUUUCCCUCGCAAUAUUUCAAUGGGCUCGGUUUUCAAUGGCCCUCUUGCGACUUCUUUCUCCCAAGGGCAUUUUAUACUCUGAAGAUAUAGACCAUAAUAGACUGCAAAAGCUUAAAACUGCUUAGUGAGUGUUUGGUUGCACGUUUGAUUGCACAAUACACGCGUCUGCAGGGAUACCAAAGCAAAAUUGCUGUGAUUUCAAGAAGCUAGAAAAUGGGGCUUCUACAUUAACGUGGAUAUGUUGUUGCAGAUCCAAAGAGAGUAUUAACGUAGGUACCUAGUUAAUAGAAAAAUGUUGCAUGUUAGUUGCAAAUUAGUGUCACAGAAUAGUCAUACAUUUCUAUACAAGAGAUGAUUCACAUUA